ACGGCAUGCUGUUGACGAGUGUCAAAUCAGAGAAUUUACCCGACUCAUCGCCGCUGUGAUAAUAUUUUCAUUUUGUAGAACAUUCAGUUGCUGGGUUUCACAGCAAGUAGAACGUCCUUUUUAUUGUUCCUCUUUCCAAAGGAAGAAUCCUUCUAAUAGCAGACGUUGACGAUAAGCCUUUGAAAUCAUCGCUCUCUAGCCGGCAAGAUGCUAAUUAAAUCAAUUAUUGCCCUCGUUUGCUUGGCCGUUCUAGUCCAGGCGAACUUUGUUAGAGUUCAGCUGCAUAAAACUGAAAGUGCGCGUCAGCAUUUUCGAAAUGUAGACACCGAGAUCAAACAAUUGCGUCUCAAGUAUAAUGCUGUAUCUGGACCGGUGCCUGAGCCGCUUUCGAACUAUUUGGAUGCCCAAUACUAUGGAGCUAUCACCAUCGGAACACCACCGCAGAGCUUCAAAGUUGUGUUCGAUACGGGAUCAUCUAACCUUUGGGUGCCCUCGAAGGAGUGCUCAUUCACCAACAUCGCUUGCUUGAUGCACAACAAGUACAAUGCCAAGAAGUCAUCGACGUUCGAAAAGAACGGAACAGCUUUCCAUAUUCAAUAUGGAUCUGGUAGCUUAUCUGGUUACUUGUCAACUGACACCGUUGGAUUGGGAGGGGUUUCCGUUACGAAACAAACCUUCGCUGAAGCCAUCAAUGAACCAGGAUUGGUAUUUGUUGCGGCCAAGUUUGACGGAAUUCUCGGAUUAGGCUACAGCUCGAUUUCAGUAGAUGGCGUCGUACCAGUAUUCUACAAUAUGUUCAACCAGGGUCUCAUCGAUGCUCCCGUUUUCUCUUUCUAUUUGAAUCGUGAUCCAAGUGCUGCUGAGGGUGGCGAAAUUAUUUUCGGUGGAUCAGACUCGAAUAAGUAUACUGGGGACUUUACUUAUCUGUCGGUGGACCGUAAAGCCUACUGGCAAUUCAAAAUGGACUCCGUUAAGGUUGGCGAUACUGAGUUCUGCAACAAUGGAUGCGAAGCAAUUGCCGAUACCGGCACCAGCUUGAUUGCCGGCCCAGUGUCGGAGGUCACCGCUAUCAACAAGGCUAUCGGUGGCACUCCUAUUAUGAACGGAGAAUACAUGGUUGACUGCUCGUUGAUUCCCAAACUGCCAAAGAUCUCAUUCGUUUUGGGAGGAAAAUCAUUCGAUCUCGAAGGUGCUGAUUACGUACUGCGUGUGGCUCAAAUGGGUAAAACCAUCUGCCUGUCUGGGUUCAUGGGAAUCGAUAUUCCACCGCCUAAUGGACCGUUGUGGAUUUUGGGAGACGUUUUCAUUGGUAAAUAUUACACCGAAUUCGAUAUGGGCAAUGAUCGCGUUGGAUUUGCCACUGCUGUCUAAAGAAUUGAUAGAUUUGUAUUGGUAAAAAUACGUGCACAUUUCCAGUUCCAAAAAUAUUAUUAGAAAGUGUGCGAUACUGAAAAUAAAAUGUGAGUUAAAAAUUUACAGAUGAA